AUGGUGGCAUCGAUCUGCUCCCGGGUCACACUAUCUGAUCUGAAGUAUGCAGACGACAGUGUGCUGCUAAGUGAAUAUCCAAGUGAUGCGAUUCCGGAAGAGACCGGAACUGAGGUGGACGAGUCGUUGUCUAAAGUAAUGUCCAAAAUUAGCACCACCUCGGCCUCAAGCACACAGCCGCCUGUUCCAGGUGGGGCAACAUACGUCCAAUCUACCGUAGAUUCUGGCGAGUUGGUUCGUUUUAGCCCGACAGGGACCACUGUUGGAUCAGUUGAUAUGACUUCCGCGUUGACAUCUACCGCUAUGGUACCGACGUCAGCAACGCCAAUGGCUACUAUAUCUACCAUCCAAACAACCGCCCCACUUGCCCCAUCCUUUUUCACCGAUCCGUUCUCCGCAGCUCCAUUUAAUCCUGCCACAAUACAACAACACCAAGUCGGUGUUCAGUCACCAACGAAGCAUGAAACCAAUGACGCAAUGGCGAAACAACUAUCCGUUCGGACUGUGGUCGAUCUGAUUCCUGUGCCUUUGUAUGUGUGUGUGGAUCGAAUACUCAGUGAAGGUUAA